ACGGAAACAAACAGAAAAUACAGCAAUUUUUCACCAUUUCAAGUCGGGCUAGGUACAAGAGCUCAGCCUCAUCAACGAUUAAAGACCAAUUAGAGUGGAUUCUGAGUUCUUGAAAACGAGAGAGCGAGUGUUGGCCCUCACAGUUGUUUUCAAGAGUUUCUCGCCGUGGUCUGUAUGUGAGGAUCGCGACGGGAGGAGAGACGCGGGGCUGACACACACACAAACAGAGAGAGAGAGAGAGAGAGAGACAGGUGGAGAUCAUUGUGUCUUCUGUGCUCAUCAUCGCUGUUGAGAUCUCAUUGUCUGGUCCUCUGGUCCACAACAGGGAUAUAAACUGCAUCAGGAGGCUUUUUCCACUGCUUUGAACCUUACCACAUAGGUGUCCGUCAGGCUGAAUCAUGGAGGCCAUUGCCAAGUAUGAUUUCAAAGCAACUGCAGAUGAUGAGCUGAGUUUUAAACGUGGGGAAGUACUGAAGGUAUUAAAUGAAGAGUGUGAUCAGAACUGGUAUAAGGCAGAACUAAAUGGCAAAGACGGUUUCAUUCCUAAAAACUACAUCGAGAUGAAGGCGCAUCCGUGGUUCUUCGGGAGAAUCCCCAGGGCCCGAGCGGAGGAGAUCCUAAACAAACAGAGGCACGACGGAGCCUUCCUCAUUAGAGAGAGCGAGAGCGCGCCUGGAGACUUCUCCCUGUCCGUCAAGUUUGGCAAUGAUGUACAGCACUUCAAAGUGCUGCGUGAUGGGGCUGGAAAGUACUUCCUGUGGGUCGUGAAGUUUAACUCUCUCAACGAGCUGGUGGACUAUCACCGCACCACUUCCGUUUCCCGAAACCAGCAGAUCUUUCUACGAGACAUCGAGCAGGUGCCUCAGCAGCAUCCAACAUACGUGCAGGCCCUGUUCGACUUCGACCCUCAGGAGGACGGAGAGCUGGGCUUCAGACGCGGAGACUUCAUUCAGGUCCUGGACAACUCUGACCCCAACUGGUGGAAGGGCGCCUGUCACAGCCAGACGGGCAUGUUCCCACGCAACUACGUCACGCCUGUCAACCGGAACAUGUAAAGGAAAAAAACCAAGCCAUUAGUGAAUAAAUUGUAAUUAACGGCCCCUCACAUUCACAUACAAUCAGACUACCCUACAUGUCCUCGUCAACACCCUUAAAGUCCUGUGAAAAUUAAAGCGGCACAGAUGAAUGGAAACUGUGACCGAAAACAAGUGGAGAGAAAAAAAGACGUAGCGGAGAGGCUGGAGGUUUCCUCCUCUUCCGUGGUGCCCGGGCGAAACUAUUAUUCCUGAGAAUCGUGAUGUCUUCAUGAACGCUUACAGUCCAGACUGAGCUGUUAGGGCGAAGGAAAGGCUGAAUCUUAGCAUAGUAAACCACGCAUAAAUUAAAACAACAAUGAUUCUGUCUGUAGAUUCAUCCUGCUGCUUCUGGCUUCUUUUCUAGCAAUUAGAAUUGUUUUUGUUCAUUUGUUUUGUUUUGGCUGCAUGUUUAAAUCUCUUUAUAAUAGCAAAUCCUGACGCUGUUUUUAAAAAGGAAAAAAAAAAAAAAACAUUCAAAAAAUAUAUAAAAAUUAAAGAGUAAGUAAUUGCAAACGCAUUGUACAUCUGGGCUGUGGAGAGAAAAAAAAAAUCACCUAUAGAGAGAAUCCAUUUUUUAAGAAUAUAUAUAUUAUAUAUUUGUAUGUGUCUGUCUGGUUUACCUUUCAACACAUUUUCUUUUUUUUUUUUUUUUUUCUCAGUUGUAAAUUAUGUUAAUUUUUUGGUGAGGGUGGAUGAAACGGAGUAGCUCUGAGACGUGCUAAUUUUAUGAGCAUCUCAGACAUAACGCCAUAGUAUUUAACGCAUCAUGUAUUCCUUUUGACAUCAUUCUUUGUUUUAGAACCAAUCGGUGAGUGGAUCCUUGGCAACAGCAAUGUAUCGCCGGGGAGCUUCCAAUCAUGCAGGAGUUGAUCUAAUGUGAAAAACCAGAUGGCUAGCCACCAUUUUAAGCCAAUGUAUUUAUUGCAGCCACUUUUUAUCUGUCUUGGGAUGUGAAUGUAGCCAACAUCACUCCGUAGGGACGUCAGACCGGAGAGCUGAACCACAGUUUCAUGAUUUCAGAGACACAUCUGUUCACGAUGUCCAUGUCGGAAAGCUGUUCACGUAACGAAACGAUUUCAAAUCAAGAGAUUUGGGGUUGAAUAACUGGUGGAUGCCAGUGAAGCCAGUAAGAAAGCGGAGAGUUUUUGUGCGUUUGAGUUGUCACAUCGACGUAUUUGAUGCGUUCCAUUUGUCUUCUCUUACCUCUUUUGUCUUUUCAGUGUUGUAUGUUUUAGCGCUUAUGUAUUUUGUUUGCUCCUCGUGUAUUAUUGACCCGCUCCUCCUCCUCUUUGGUUUUCUGUGAUGUUGUUUUGUUCUCUCUGGAUUAGUGCCUUUUUCUCUGGUGUGACAGUGUCUCGGGCUUGCUGCUUUAGCCUGAGCAUUGGGCUUUGUGAGAAAUCAUGUCCUCUUUCUCCUCCUGAUGAACACACCUGCACACAGUCACUCCUAUUUAAAUGUCUCGCCUUUUUCUUAACCUAUUUUUUAUUUUAUUUUCAUUUUUUUUUUUUUUUUUUUUCCUUGUUUCUUUUGAAUAAAUAAAAAGAAAACA